UCUUCUGUCAUCAAACUGUCAACAUGUUUAUCAGUUUAUGUCUUGUCUUAAUCGUCAUGUCUUGUUCUUAUCCUCGCAUUGUGUUAAUUUGAUUUGCUUACUAAUUAUAACAGUCACCACUGUCCUUAGAAUAUGAAUAAAUAAACUAGUCUACUAUUCUGAUCACUGAAAUGGAAUAUAUGGAAUCAAAACAGACAUUAUGUCUGAUUUAACUCUUCUUGAUCUUCCUUUUGAUAUUUUAUCUAAAAUCUUCAAAUUUUUAUCAUUAGCAGACCUUAGCAAUGUAAUGCUCACUUGUAAAACUUUGAAGACCUUUAUUACUGAAGAUAAUACAAUCUGGAGAUCUUUCACUGACCUAUUCGUACGCAACAGUGUCGAUAACAGGUCCCAGCCACUCUCAUCAUAUACAUUAUGUAGAGUUUCAAGAAAUUGGUGUAAUGGAAUUUACAAACAGAAAACUCUCCGUUAUAAUACAAAAUACAUGCCCUGGAUGAAGUUUCACAAUUCAGAAGCUGUGCUAAUAGCACUUGGAUCAAAACUAUGCUGCUAUCCUGUCGACCAACAGGGUUUAAAGGAUGGUGGAUAUAUAUGGAGUGUGGAAGUACCUAAAGUUGAACGAAAUGACAUAAGAACAAAUGAUAUAUCAAGAUUUGUGAUUAAAAAUGGUCUCCUUGUAUGUGGAAAUAGAGAUGGAUGUGCUAUUGUUUAUAAAUUUAAGGGCACAAGGCAAAGACCAUGCUUGCUCCACCAUAUUCAAGACUGUCAUGAUGGGGGCCAGUCAGAAGUUUCUGCUGUGGAACUGAUUCAUACUGGAGAUGAGCCCAUUGCAGUGACUGCUUCAUGCACCAGUCCUAACCUUUGCUACUGGCACAUUAAUGGAAUAGAGCAUGAUAUGAAUGCACCUGCAAAGUUAAAGUUUUAUAAAAAUUCAGAUAUAAUAAGAGUACCUCACCAUGAUAUUGAAGGUUUGAGAUGCCUAUCAGUAAAUAAAUCACAAACUAAACUGGCUAUUGGUCCAAAUGGAGAUAGUAAGCCUCUUUUAGUUGAUGUCACAAAGUUGAAAUUUGUCUCUUACACCAAUGUGUCCCCUGAUAUAAGGCAAGCUGUGCGAGAUGUGCAGUGGCAUGAUGAGAACACAAUUGCUUAUGUCACACAUGCUGGGAAACUGCAACUCAUUGAUACUAGAACUUUUGACAUUGUAUAUGACUCGAAUGACCCAUUCUUAGUGACCCUGUACUGUGCGAAGACUGAUGGUGACCGUGCCAUCCUAGCAGGUGCCGCAGAGCACUCUAGGUGCGUGUUGUAUGAUCAAAGAAAUGCCAAAUGUCAUGUUCAGAUGUACUUCACUUCAAAGAGGCAUUCGCCUGUAUAUAGUUUGGAUUUCGACUCAACUCGGCUUAUAGCAGCAACAGACCUCAAUCUUAUUAGCUUGAACUUCAACAUAAGAACUGACAAAAGGAGACAGCGAGAUUAUUCUUCUUUUGAUUUUAAGAUUGCUUAAAUAGCGGUUUGUAAAUUUAAAAAAGAAUCGGAUUUGGAAUAAAAAUAUAAAUAAAAUAAAUAAAUUGGUUUGGCUGUGCUCUAAGGCAUGAGAUGUAAAAAUCUUUCGUGUUGGUGUGGCUUACAGAACUUUUCUUCUCAGAGAACAUAUUUGAGGGAAAAAAAUACAAAAUUACAGAAAAUAUAAAAGCCUCUUCUCCGGGACCACGAGAAUGAUAUUAGGAGGACAAAAAACCCACACACAAGACUCCCUACGACUCUCAUUCCGCGUUGGCGUUCGCAUUCGCACUACCGUGCCCGCCUGCUGCCAGUCCCAGUCGCGAGUCCAGUCAGAGUUUCAUGACUACGUACAUUAAGCCCCCUCCACACUAUGCGCGUGAAUCGCGGCGCGACUUCGCGGAGCGAACAUACCGCGACGUUGACGUAGACUCCACACUCGCACAACUUCACGGCGAUUUCGCAGUUAGGUUCGCGGCAAGAUGGCGCCGAAGCGUCAGCUGAUCGGAUUUAGUUUGCGGCAAGGCACUGAUUCAAACGGAACUGUCCAAUUGAUUUUUGGUUGAUCAAGUUCGCACCCAAUAUAACCAAGUAGCCGCCAUAGAAGGUUAACAGAUUAACCGACUCGUGAGCGAAUCGCGGCGCGAAGCGAUUGCGAGGGUGGAGUCUUGCAAGUUCGCGCUUCGCGUCUCCUUUGACGCGGGCCAAAUACCGACAAAAAACGGGGAAUUAGGCGUGAACAACCUGCGAAAUCGACGCGAGGGCCAUCCACACUCGCGUUCGCGGCUUCGUGCCUCGAUUCGCGCACGAGUGUGGAGGGCCCUUUUGGCCUAAGUUAGCCAAAUAUAAGGCUUAUUACAUCUAUCCGGUCGAUGACACUUUUUGCUAAGAGACAUAGAGAAUGAAUAGUCCCUCCAAACGUCACGAUUUGUAAUAUUUGAUAUUUGAUCGAUUAUUGAACUCUGCUCCAGUGACAUGUCAAACGCUUCGCUUGACAGACAGAUGAAGUGUGCGAAAGGGAAGCCAUCACGUAUAUGAACAAGCCAUGAGUGCGAAAGAGGCAGACUACGUAUGAGAAAACGUAACCAUUUUUGAGUUCGAAGUCGGCCGAGGCGGCCAAGAUCAUAUUGCCGUAUUUUUUGACGUGAAAAAUAUAAGAGAAUCAAAAAGAAAAAUAUACAUUAAGUAAUUUAGUGAAGAUGGUGUCAUGUUGUGUGCCGGGUUGUAGUGUUUCAGGGCCAAAAAACCCAGGAAAAUACUCAUUUCACCGGUAAUUAUGAUAUUCCUAGCGAAAUUUUCGUAACGAUAUUUUAUCAAAUUAACAGCAUAAAAAGUGUAAAAAACCAAUUUAUACAGUUCAUUAUAAGUUUUUCUUCAAAUUUGUGUUAA